AUGUCUGGACGCAAGCAGCAAGUUAUGAUUCAGCCAAUCAAUGUUAUAUUCAAGUAUCUUCAGCAGCGAACCAAGGUAUCUGUCUGGCUGUACGAUAACGUUGAUUGCAGGUUACAAGGCCGUAUCAUUGGUUUCGACGAAUACAUGAACCUCAUCCUCGAUGACGUUGAAGAGGUUUUCAUCAACAAAAAGCAAUCACAGCCAAACAGCAGCCUCGGUAGGAUUCUCCUCAAAGGCGAUAACAUAACUCUCAUUCAGUCUGUUUAA